CAUAACAGAAAAUACCAAACGUCGUCCUGUAUUAAACGGGACUUAAGGAAUUGAGAGAACGAGGGAAAGUACGAUAACUUUGUUAAAAAGGUGUCAAAUUGCGAGAUUGACACACAAAAUUGAAGUCUAAGCCACAAAUAACGUAUAUUUGAUCCAUGCCAGGGCCCGAGAAUCACAAGGGCCACAAUGAAGCUGGCGGGUCAGAACCAGACAGAGACACUCCAUCCCACGACAUUCAAAGCAAUGGCGACUCCGACGAAAACGAGGAGGAGCUGCUGGAGCGCAUGCGCGGGGAUGCAGUUGGAGACACAAUGUACAGCAGGAGAUUUGUAUUGCAGACGCUGAUGCGCCUCAGUCAGCAGGAUGAAGGACCACUGGGACAGGAGUUGGAGGAUGCUUUAUGUAAAGUGUGGGAUAUGUCUGUCUCGCGUGAAUUGGUGUCCCUUCUUUUGGAAAACGAUGCCAUUGGGCUGCUAAUGUACGCCAUCUCUGGCAGUGACGAUGUCCGACUUUAUGAAAUCCUUAUCGGAAUGCUGGGUAAUAUGUGUGCUCAGGUAGAAUGCGUGGAGCAACUAACCAUGAAUCCGGAUUGGAUUGAGACACUUCUCAAGUUGGCCACCUGCAUGGACACUGGCAUGCUGGUACAACUAAUGCGCGUUUAUCAAUACAUAAUGACCCAUGUAAUGAGUGGAAAGGAGAAAUUCGCCAUUGAUUUUUACAUUUGCUUUGCCGCUUUUGAGGGAUCAUCCAGGCAUCUAGGAUUCAUUUUGCAGCAGUCAGUUAGCGAUGAGCUACUCUCAGCGACGCUGAAGGCAAUCAAUGCUGUGCUCGCCAGUUGUGCCAUGGUGGAAGAGGAAAAUGCCGGCACAGAUCUCAAUCUAAAGCCAUUCGCACAGGUUUUUCUAGUUCAAGAGCUCUGCGAGGGUGUUAACAGUGCAUUUAUGCGUCUCAUGCGAGAUGACCAGGCUAAGCAGGCGGAUGAAGUAAAUGGAGAUCAUGGAGACGAAGCGGAUGGCUUGCCCCCUAGCAACGAAGAUACUGAUGCCGAAGAGGAUGCCGAUGUGGGCUAUUCCGCGUGUGCACCGAAAAUUAAUUGCGAGGUGGAGAUCAUUCAAACCUAUCUGAAUAUUUGCACCAUACUCGUGCAACUGCCGGAGGCUCAGGAUGGAUGUCUCAUGGAUGUCUAUGCUCCCAAUAUUAUGAACUGCCUGAAUCGCAUUCUGCUGUUUCUUCAGCAGCCAAUGCAAUUAUUGCCUAUGGGCGAGCGUCAAGAAGAAUAUCUCGAGGAUUUGGCACACAUUUGCAGUCGUCUAAAAUAUUUUUAUCAUCGCGAUGCAUUUGUUAAUCUGCUCGAGAUCUGGUCAAGACUUAGGCAACACAUUGAGGACUAUAAUGAAAGCAACACUGGUGAUAAUAGCAGUGGCGACGGCUUCGAUACAGAUGAGGAGGACGAUGUUCCUCGAGAGCAGUAUGUCGAGAAUGCCUUUAAGUUGCUCCGCCUUAUGGCCUACAUGUUGGUUAAGGCAGAUAGCGAAGUGGAUUUGCAAGAGAUCAUUAAGGUCGAUAAAUUAGAGAAUUUUAUGUCGUCUCUCAAGGCCGAGCAGGAUGUAAUCUUCAGCAAGGCCCACGAGCGACUGAGUGAAUCUCUGGAUAAGGAUCAGGGAUCUGGCCAAGCCUAAAAACAAAGGAUACUCCUUAGAGAACAUACCACAGAAAAAUGGACUGAGAUUGUAGCUUACUGGCACAAUAUAAAUAAAUAUAUUUGUAAUCUUAA